AGCAGGUCAACGCUCUGAUCAGCCCAGCCUGCUCCGUGCCGGACCUGGUCGCGCAGCUGGCUGGUUGCCAGGUGAAGCACGAGCAGAUCGUGGCGCUCUUGGUUAAGGGCAAGGUCGACGGGAACAACCCCGCCUUCCACACCCUCGUGAGGCAGUACAUGGCGCUGCCCGCGGCCUGGCACAAAGUGCCCGACCUGCUCGGGUCCGAGCGCCGUUGGACGCGGAAGUUCUGUGACACCCUGGACGACGAGGACGCGAAGGUACUGGCGAUGACGCACGAUACCUUCGCGUUCACGAAGCUGUACGGCUUGCCGCCCGCGACGAUCGUUGAAGUUGUGGGCGUGUUCCUUGAGAGGAUCAGGGCGAAGGGGGGGGGCAGGAUGGUUUUCAUGUUUCGUCCGUUGCACGGCCUCCUUAGGGGUGGAGGGCUCCUCCCCACGGUCAGACUCACCUCCAUACCAUGCCCAGGACGACUUCCAGCAGAACCCGGGUGUUCGGUCAAGUCCCGACGCACACGUGACAACGGCGGACUGCGCUUGAAUGCGGUUUUCCGUUUUCGGUGAUGGCGACGGGCGUAUCACACAGGGCACACAUACACACAUUGCAACGCCCUUACAAUAAUAAUCACCAAUCGAAUCUAGUUGCUCAUGUGGGUUGUCGUGUUGUCUCCUGUUUUCCAGGCCACAUGCCGCUUAGGUCUGUAGCCCCGUCCUGCUCCUUGACUUCCUCGCCCGUCUUCCUUCCUCGUCCUUCUCUUGUCCUCGUGGCCUUCAACGCUCCAUCAUAAUCCGCCUCGUUGUCUUCGUUGUCCUCGAGGCUUUCAACGCCCCAUCCUGAUCCGCUUUCCUUCUCCGCCUGG